CUGACGCUUAUCUUUUAUUACACCUUCCAUUCCUCAAUCUUCUCCUUUUUCUCUUCUCCUUUCUCUCUGUUUUCCCUUUUUCUUUUCUCUUCUCUUCUCUGAGAAAACAAUAAUUCAAAAACAUGCCUGCAACAACAGAGAAUAAUCAAGGCUCAUUCCUGGGCCGAAUAAGCAUUCGAAGAAACCAAGUCAUGUCCAUGGACGGAAGCCACGACCAGGAGCAAGAAGACCUUGAGCUUUUCCAAAAGCACGUCAGCGACCGCUUCGCUGAUCUCCUCUCCUCCACCACCGACGACCCUUCUGGCGCCGGUUAUUCCCUUCUAUCCAUCGGCUGGCUCCGCAAGCUCCUGGACGAGCUCCUCUGCUGCGAGGCUGAAUUCAAAGCCGUUGUCAUGAUGGGCCGCGACCCUUCCCAGAUCUCUAAGCCACCGCUCGACCGCCUCCUCCCGGAGUUUCUCGACCGUGUCGUCAAGUCCCUUGACGUCUGCAAUGCCGUCGCCCUCGGUAUCGACUCGCUUCGCAACCUCCAGCGUCUUGCGGAGAUUGCCGUGGCCGCGCUUGAGCCGAGGCCUAUGGGCGACGGCCAGGUCCGCCGCGCUAAGAAGGCGCUCAACGCCCUCAUCGCCGCGAUGAUGCACGAGGACAAGGACAGCGGCAACACAAAAGGAACCGAGAGGACCAGGUCCUUCGGAAGAAGAGGCGGCGGUGGAGGAGGGAACAAGGACCAGCGCGCCGGCGGGCCAUUCCGGUCACUUUCAUGGAGCAUGGCGAGGAAUUGGUCCUCAGCGAAACAAAUCCAUGCCAUGACCUCUAACCUGGUCGCGCCACGUGGUGCGGAAUCAACCGGGCUGGCCGCACCGGUCUACAUCAUGAGCACUAUUCUGGUGUUCGUGAUGUGGACUUUGGUUGCGGCCAUUCCGUGUCAAGAGAGGAAUGGGCUCGGGACCCAUUUUCCUCUCCCGAGGCAAUUGGGCUGGGCCCAGCCCAUGAUUGGGUUGCAGGAGAAGAUUGCGGAGGAGUGGAAGAAGAAGGAGAAGAAAGGAUUUGUUGGGUUGCUUGAGGAGAUGCAGAGGAUGGAGAAGCUGGGGCAGUUGCUGAUUGAAUUUGCUGACUCGUUUCAGUUCCCAGCUGAAACGGAGCGUUUGGAGGAGGUGAAGGGACACGUGGAGGAGCUAGGGGACAUUUGCAGGAAGAUGGAGGAAGGGUUGGAACCAUUGCAGCAGCAGAUUAGAGAGGUGUUUCACAGGCUUGUCAGGAGCAGAACUGAGUUUCUUCUUGUGUUGGAUCAAGGAGGGAAAUCUUCAGCACCCACUGUGUAAAAUUGCAGAAACACCCCUCUUCUUUUUCUUUUUACUAUUUCUUACCCCAUUUUGGUUUAGGCCUGUUUGGGGCUUGUUUUAUAUUUUUUCUUUUUUUGAGGUAUGGAAAGCCUAGUGACCUGUGCUUAAUUUGAUUAUGGUUUUUUACAUUUUACUAAAUAUACUACUGCAUGGCUACUCUGCCUUAGCCUACAAUGUACAUCAGGUUUUGUUUUCA